GGUUGUAUUUUCAGCUUUUGUGGAUCUACUAGUGGGCUACAACUGUUGUCAUAAUUAUAAAUCACAUUAAAACUAUUAACCACUCGUAAAACCGACGGAGGGCGGAUGUGUUGUCAAAGAACAGCGCGGUUCUUGAAUGCAUCCCACGUCUCUGACACUACGCGCCUGCCCAUCAGAGGAGGCUUCCCCCAGCGAGGGACAGUCCUGGCCCGGUCCCUCAAAACGACAGCUCGCCGCCGAGUCCAGCCUUUGGAGGCCAGCUCCCGACGGUGAUGAGCUUGUAUAGGGGCGGUUUUUCAGUGGAAGCAUCACGGCGUGUCACGUCGGGGUGGUGCGCGUUCUGUGUCGGUGAACGCGGCGGCAGCGAGUCGGGCCAGAUACCGGGCGGCGCGCAGCGUAACCACGGAAACGCCAACGCAGCGUUAAGUGACACGGCCCGCCGAUGGCCUCGGCUACAUCCUCCGGAGGUCUGAAACGGUGGAAUCACGUUCCUCUCACGCUGACUGUUUGAUGAUGCUCACACAAUGGCCAAAACACCACCCGGUUCCUACGAGUCUCCGGCUGACAAUGGAGGCGUCGGCGGGGGCGUGGGGGCGUCUCCUCCCCGUGCCUCAAAUGCGUUGGGUCCCUCCGACACAGGAUACGCCAAGAGGGAUUUUUUGAUGAUGCCUCCAGAGGAGAAGCUCAAACACUCUGACAGCCGGGCUCAGGCCCACGAAGACAGGCAAGAGUUUGAUGCUUGCAUCCAGUACCUGGUGCGUUGCGUGGCUCUGACAAGGCUGGUGUAUGGGGAUCGGCAUCUGAAGCUGGCCCAGGCCCAUGUCAGACUGGCUAAAGCAUAUUUCAAGUUCAAAGGCUGGGGACCGCAGGCCCAGGAGCACUCGGCCCUGGCCAGAGAGCUGCUGCCUGUCUACUCCUCUCUCUCCUCCCGCCGAGGUGUGAAGCAUGAGGUUAUAACGUGUCUCCUGAGCGUACACCUCACACAGGGAGGUGCUGCACUGCUUGCAGCCAAUCUCGAGGAGGCAGAAUUCUCUUUUCUGGAGGCAGAACAACUUCUUGAGGAGCUUCAUCAACACAGUGCUAUCGACAAGGAAGAGAAGAUCAAGACUGAGCUGGAAAUCUCCACUAGCCUAUGCAGGGUCUAUAAGAGACAGAGGAGGCCAGAGGAGGCCUUAAGCAAGUGUGAGAAGUCUCUGCAACUGCUGAAAGAUUGUGAUGAGCCAAAGAAGACCUGUUCUGUCUAUAAGGACAUGGCCGCCAUUGAACUGGACGAAGGUCAUUUGGACCAAGCCAUAGAACAUCUCUCCAAGGCUCAUUCCAUUGCUGUGAGCCACAGCCUGGAGGAACUAGAGGGGGCUCAGAUCUCCCACAGCCUAGCCCUCAUCCUUUCUGCUGCACCCGAGCCCCAUCACAAUGACUCUGCAGGUCACUUUGAGAGGAGUCUAAGUGCAUACAAGAACUCUGUAGGUCCACAAGAUCCAGCCUUUCUCACUGUCCAGGAUGAUUUCUGUCGUUUCCUCCUCCUCAAUGGCCAGCAAGAGAGAUGUGUGGAGAUCCAGAGAGCCUCUCUCACUUUGAAGAGAUCUACAUUUGGUGAUCUGAGUGCCGAGGUAGCAGACACCCUUCAGCUGAUAGGAAGUGUGGAGAUGACUGAGGGCAAGAUGAUGCAGGCCCACAGAACCAUGACAAAGUGCCUGGAGAUCCAGGGUUGGAUUUAUGGUCCUCAGCACAAAAAGACAAAAACUACACAAAAAGCUGUGGACAUGCUGGCCCGGGCACCAGUUGUGGCUGAGAGACUACAGAGGAAAGGCAGAAGAAAAACAAAACUUCAUAUAUUUUCAGAUGUACCAACAAGUGGCAAUGAUGGAAACUCCAUGUCUGACUCUUGAAAUUUUCUUUAUUUUGUCAAUACGGUAACUUUGAGGGCUUGGACCAAGAACUACUGAGUCUUUUUUUUUUUUUUUCUGUUCAGGUUUUUUCCAUAAAACUUGUCUGUGUGUUGGAUUAUACAAGCAACACAG